AUGAGUAGCAGUGCGCAGGACGAUGGCUCGAAUGCGGCAGGUUGGCCGAAUAAAAAAGAAGACUACGAGUUACAGGAUGCUAUUGGGAUCGGUGCAACAGCUACUGUCUAUAAGGCACGAUGCAUUCCACGAAACGAACUGUGUGCAAUAAAAUGCAUCAAUUUGGAGAAAUGUCAGACGUCCGUUGACGAACUUUUCCACGAAAUAAAGGCCAUGGCAUUGUGUAUGCACCCGAAUGUUGUCAAGUACCACACAUCAUUUGUUGUUGGCGAGGAACUGUGGGUUGUGAUGCGACUUCUAAACUGUGGGAGCAUGCUGGACAUCUUAAAACGUCGAAUAAAGGCGAUGGGUAAAGAAACAGCUUCAUCAGGUGUUCUGGAUGAAGUAACCAUUGCAACAGUGCUAAAGGAAGUGUUGCGAGGGUUGGAAUACUUCCACAGCAGCGGCCAAAUUCAUCGUGAUAUCAAGGCCGGCAAUAUACUUAUUGCUGAUGAUGGCACUGUUCAAAUAGCCGAUUUUGGUGUGUCGGGAUGGUUGGCGGCAAGUCAGGGAGAUUUGUCAAGACAGAAAGUUCGGCACACAUUCGUUGGGACACCGUGCUGGAUGGCUCCAGAAGUCAUGGAGCAAGUUUCAGGAUAUGAUUUCAAGGCCGAUAUUUGGAGUUUUGGUAUACUAGCAAUUGAGUUAGCCACUGGUACGGCACCCUAUCACAAAUUCCCACCAAUGAAGGUUUUGAUGUUAACGCUUCAAAACGAUCCGCCAAAUUUAGACACUAAUACAGAAAGGAAAGAUCAGUACAAGGCAUACGGGAAAAGUUUUCGCCAUGUAAUCAAGGACUGCCUACAGAAGGAGCCGUCAAAACGACCGACAGCAAGUGAACUUCUUAAAUAUUCGUUCUUCAAGAAAGCCAAGGAUAAGAAGUAUUUGGUGCACGCACUGAUAGAAAACCUUGCGUCCAUGCCACUACCCUCCCAUCAUCAAUCUGAUGCGCCAAAAAAAGUAACGUUUCAUAAAUUCAGAAAUACCACAAGUGGUUAUUUCGACUUUCAGAGUGGGAGAACUUGGCCAUACUGA